AUGCCGAGAGAAAUACAUGUGACGUUCCAUGAUAAUAAAUGCAUAUUUUCUUUUUAUUCAGGGAAAUGUGAUAAAGACAAUCCCGAGAAAGAUAUAACUCCAGCUACGAAUAGCCACUUCACACAUGAAGGUGUGCAGGACCUGGCCACUUGGGGUGAUCCUCUGGAUGGCGAGCUCAUCAGAACCCAACCUCAGCGCUUGCCUCAGCUUCAGACUUCAGCCCAGGAACUGAGCGACGAGGAAACAGGCAAGAUAAAGAACGGCCACACAAGUCUGAGCAAUGGAAAUGGAAUUCACCACGGGGCCAAACAUGUCUCCGCAGAUAAUCGCAAAGUUUCAGCACCUGUGUCUCAAAAAAUGCAUAGAAAAAUUCAGUCCAGCUUGUCUGUAAACACCGAUAUCAGUAAAAAGAGCAAAGUAAAUGCUGUCUUUUCCCAAAAGACGGGGUCUUCACCUGAAGAUUGUUGCGUCCACUGUAUCCUGGCGUGCUUGUUCUGUGAAUUCCUGACCCUCUGCAAUAUUGUCCUGGGACAAGCUUCAUGUGGCAUCUGCACCUCGGAAGCCUGCUGCUGUUGCUGUGGGGAUGAAAUGGGGGAGGACUGUAACUGCCCUUGUGACAUGGACUGUGGCAUCAUGGAUGCCUGUUGUGAAUCAUCAGACUGCUUGGAAAUCUGUAUGGAAUGCUGUGGAAUCUGUUUUCCUUCAUAAAUAUUUAUCUUUUAUGUUAAAA